AUGCCAAAGUGCACUCUGUGUAACAAAGAGGUGUAUCCAGCCGAAUCAAUGAACAGAGACGGAAAAAUUUUCCACAGCAGAUGUUUCAACCUUUGGAAGAAACAACAACAACUCGAGCAGAAGCACAAACAAGAGUACUACAAGACUCCAGAAGUUCGCCCUCAGUAUUUCAGAGUUGCAGAUCCCUCGACUGGUAAGCCAGAGGCUAUGGUUGCUGGUGUGGACGACGAGGAAAACAUGAAAAAGAUUAACCAAGAGGAGAAUGAGUUUUUAGAAAAAAUGCACAAGAUGCAAGAGACUAAUGGAGCCAAUCCGUUCCAUUAA